AACAUUAUUCCUUUAGGGUUUAGAUAUUCAAAACACAGUCAAUUGAAUAUCUUGGAUUUAUCGGAGUAGAUGGUGUUGGUGGCGGAGAUGUUUUGUGAAAUGGCGGUGAUGAGAUCCAGCGACAACGGCGGUUUAGAUAUGAAGAUGAAUUGGAAGUUUUAAUUGGCACCCUUGGGUUCAAUAGUUAGUAUCCUUUUAGGGUUUAGUUUUAUUUAUUAAAAAUCAAGAGUUAUCGCCGGAAAAUUAGAUUGUGUUCAAAGAAGUACCGUAUGAAAAAAAAAAAAAAUUUCAGAGAAGCAUCGGCGUUGUCAAGAGAGAAAGCAAAAAAGUGACACAGAAGACAGAAUAAAAAUGUCAUUUUCAAUCUGUAAAAAAGCCUAAUUCUGAGAGUAUGGAUAGAAAUGGUCAUUUUGAAAGUUUUCCAGCCAACAAAUGCCCAUUUAGACAAUAACCCCUAAAACUUUAAUUUGUCAUUGAGAAGACUUGGUGAAUCCCUUAUCAAAAUCCCUAAGCAUUCUGCAAAAGAGAGGAGGAGGAGAAAUGAAGAAAAAGAUGAAAGCAAAUGGAUCUAAUAAACCUUCGUUAAGCUCUAUGAUGUCUUCUCUCUACGAUUCGAUCGACGAGUCGCAUCAACUCAUUUCUACUCGGACUAUGGAUGGAGGAGAGCUUAGUAUCACAGGUCUUUUGGCGAUCGGUGAGACAUUGAAGUCUAUAGAGCUUCAACUUCAAGCUAUCAGAGACUUAUUGCGUCAAAGGAAAGAAGCUAUUCCCAAGGGCAAAAUCUCUUCGUUUUUCAAUUUCGCUACUCUGUCUAAAAUUAAGAUGACCAAAUCUAAAAUUGACACUCUACAAGGACCUAUCUCUCGCCUUACUGGGGUUUAUAUGAUCAUGGCAAGGACGUUGCAUCCAGAGUUGUUUUCAGAUGAUACAAAUAUAUGUUUGAUACAGGAAGAGCCCAACAACAGUAUUAGUCCUGAGGUGAUGGUUCUCUCCCCUAGCCCAACCGAGGAGGAUAUAGGACUGAACAACAAACUUCAGAAUGAACCGGAACCAUUGAGGUCUGAAAGUUAGACAGACAACAGUUCAGUUGGUGUGGUAACAAAAGAUGGAUAGGCUCGUGCGUGAAAGGACAGGAGAGAAUCUGAGGAAGUUAGGUUUAGGAUUGUUUUUCUAAUUAGUAUCUCUAAUUUCAGACAGUAGUUAGCACUUUUCUCUAGUAUGUUGAGAAAAAAUAUAAGCAGUGUCCUCACCUCUUGGCCCUCUUCUCGUGUCCAAGAGUAAUGAUGGGAAAAAUGGUAAUUACAAUAUAGCAAUACUAAUGACUAUAUAUCAGCAUGUAAAUGGUUGUGCAUGGGUAACUGGCAUGCUCACUUUGAAUAUAUAUAUAUAUAUCUUAAUUAUUAUGA